CUACCAUGUCAGAUUCUUCGUAUAGUGGCCGCUGGACGGCUCGUUGUGCUUCUAUAGCCAGUCGUGCUUCUAGCAUAGAUUCAAGACGUAUACAAGUAGAUUUACAUAGUCCAGAGGUAAUGCCCAAAUCUAUAUUACGUUCACCGAAACGUUAUAGCUCAGGUCCAUCGACAACACCUUCAGUCGAAAAGGAAUUUCGAAGUCAACUUUCCGUAUGUUCUGAGCCACCCGCCGCCAUACGUCAACUGUCGGGACAAUCAAGUCUAGAACCCUGUCUGCCCGAAGAAGCUAUAGAGCUAGCAGAUGAUAGCUAUCAAAUCUCCCAAACCGAAUCUCCUCGUUCGUUAACCACUACCACAAUAAUCAAUCCAGUAGAUCUUCCACCGCCACCACAACCACCAACAACACCACCGCCGCCAACAGCAUUACCAACAACUAAACCGGAAAUGAAAUCACCCAACCGGUCUGGUAUAUUGAAAAAACCCCGCCCCGAUUCUUUACCACUAAUGGAAAAUUCUGCCAUUAUUGAUUUUAGUAAAACCACCAACGUUAAUCAUGAACGUUACAAAAAUCUGCAACGCAGCAAUUCCUCACGCACUUAUGAUCGUCCCAAAAGCCAUAAAACCUCAGAACAUGAUGACUCCAUAUUUUAUAUACGUUCCGAACAUAGGGUUCUACAACACUGUAAUGAUUUCUACGAUUCCGAACAGGUUAUCAAUGAAAGACGUUCAACACUGCUGAAGGCGGAUAGUGAAACUGCAUUGGCCGAACGUAAGUUAAGUUCCUUUUCAAUACCAGAAAAAAUAUUGGAGCAAUCGGGGUCAGGGACGGGCGGAGAUAUUGAAGAAUGUAAACCUCCUGACGAUAUCGUUUUGCAGAUUGAAGUGGACAGUAAUAAAGAGGAAGAGAAGAAUACUGUAUAGAGUUUAAGCAGCUAAUAUUAAUUAAUUAAAUGGAAUUACUUUACAACUCAAAGUUGUAGUUGUGUAGAAGAAAAAAAUACAUUAAUGUUAGUAACAAAUAUUAUUAUAACAUUAGAGUGUAAUUUAUUUUCAAUUUUUCUUUUACAUCUUUUCUCAUUGUUAUAAUUUGAAAAAGUCUUUUAGUCAGAGUAGAUUUCAAUUAAUUUAGAGGUCGUGUGUAUUUAUAUUUAGUAAAUUUAGGUGAAAGUAAAUGAUUUUGUUUUAUUUUUCUUUUACUUUCUAAAUAAGCUUUCAAUUCAUUUAUAAGUUAAUCACAAUCUUGGGUACUUUCAAUUUUAUUAAGUACUUCAAUGAAUUAAGUUUUGUCCUCAAAAAUUAGUUUUAAGUAAAAGCAAUACGUAUCUGUUUUAUAGUACAUAUCUCAUGAAAGAUCUUUUUAGAACGAUUAUCGGCAAAUGUGACAAAUGUGUUAUCAUUGAAAGAUUUUUUUACCAUAUUGUACUUUUUAUUUUUUCAGCACUUUUUGACAUCGAAAAU